AUGAAGGUUCUAGAAAUCAACUUGAUUUCUGCACAAGGUCUAAAACCGCCAUCUGCUAAUUUACGCCGGAUGCAAACAUACGCCGUUGUUUGGAUUGACCCUUCCACCAAGCUCCGAACCCGAACAGACCGAGUCGGGUCCGAAAACCCUACUUGGAAUGACAAAUUCCUCUUUAAAGUCACGCCGGAAUACCUCUCCAGUGAAACCUCCGGUUUGUCAAUCGAAAUAUACGCCGUCGGUUGCAUCCGAGACGCUCUAAUCGGAACCGUCCGUUUUCUUGUCAGUAAUCUCCCGCUUUCUUCACUAACUGCCGCGAUUACCACGCCUUCUUGUAUCGCUCUCCAAAUUCGUCGUCCUUCUGGAAGAUUCCGCGGUGUGAUUAAUAUUGGGGCGAAUGUGAUCGACGGCUCUGAUUUCUCGGCAUUGAAUGUAGCAUCGGCGAUUGGAUUUCGUGAUCUUAUGGGAGAAAGUAUUCGGCGUCAGCGGAAGGAGCGUCGGCGUGAUACGAAGAAUUCAGUCGGCGAGGACGUGAAUUACUGUUGUGGUGAAUCGGGAGAUUUAUCGGACGGUAAUGAUUCAACCACAUCUUCAUCGUCAACAGCAUCAACGGUGCUGAAGGAUUGGAAUACGGUUAAGGAUUUUGCAGGGGCGAAUCUUGUUAGGUCUUCAUCGGACGGUGGAGGUCUGUUGUGUGGGUUGUUGAUGCAGAGGAGGCUUCUUCCUUGUAUGUCUGGUCAGAACCUCCAGGCCCAUGGUGGAUCCCAGAAGGAGAAUUAA